ACUUGCCAAUCAGCGAAACUCACACCUUGGAUUGGGAGAUACUUCACUGUUGAUGUUACUCAGCUUACUGGGGCCGUAAUUUGACCGUGAGUACUUCUUGAUGAUCUUAAUGGCUUUCAACUAGUGUUAUUAUCAUCAAGUUUUUACUUUGUGGAGUGUUCUUUUGUCACAUCCCCUAAUUCAAUUACUAAUCGAAUUCGAAUGACACUCUCAAUAAGCGUUCGGUUUAUAGUAUUCUAUAUGGCUCAUACAACGCUGCCGCAAUUAUGGGACUGCUCUGAACAUCGCUCCAUUUUAGAUGUAUUUUGUUGUGAAUUAAUCCAGGUAACCAAAAAAUGGCAAUUAAAGUGAACAUGUGGAAAAUAGAGUGAAGAUUCUCUAAGAAAAUAGGAGGAAAAUUAUAGGACAAUGCUCCUUAAAUCUUCCUUUGCCACUUGCUUUGGUGAAAUGAUUUGUUUGGUGAUGUAACUGUUUUAUUCUCCAACCUUUAAAAGCGAAAUAUAAUCUCCAUACAUCUACAAACUGCACUAUGGAGCGUCUUACAUUAUUUCAUCUACGACGAGCCGACAGAACUAAUGAACCUGAAACUAGAACUAUUAUAGAUCAAAUGGAAACGGAAAGCCUUGUUAGUAAAGCGUAUUAUGAGAAACUUUGUCAAUGGAAGGAUGAUGCACUUCGGUUGUUCAAAAUAAACCACGUAAACUAUCUCAACAAGCGACUUUUCAAUCUGCCUAUGAGUUUUGAACAUUUAGAUGCAAGCCAACCGUGGUUGGCUUAUUGGAUUGUACAUGCUUUAAGACUGCUAAACUUUGUAAUCCCUGAAGAAACCUCGGUAAAAUUAAUAUCGUUCCUAGCAUCCUCUCAGCAUCCGGACGGUGGUUUUGGUGGCGGGCCUUAUCAGUUUGCACACCUUGCGACUUCAUAUGGUGCAGUUAAUUGUUUGGCUUCUUUAUGUCGCCGAGAUGCCCUAGAUAUUAUUAAUCGGGAUGCACUGGCUGACUGGAUGCGGAAACUUCAUCAGCCAGACGGUUCAUUUCUAAUGCAUUUGGGAGGUGAAGCUGAUGUUCGAGGUGCCUACUGUGCCACAGCAGUUGCAAAACUUACUGGGUUGCUUAAAAAAUAUCCUGAUUUGUUUGAAUCUACUGCAGAGUGGGUGGCUAGUUGUCAGACGUAUGAAGGUGGUUUCGGUGGUCAACCUGGAUUAGAGGCUCAUGGUGGUUAUGCUUUCUGUGCAGUAGCAACACUGUGUCUUUUAGAAAGGUCAGAGUUAAUUAAUUUGCCUAGACUAUUGUGUUGGGUCAGCCAUCGUCAAAUGGCAACAGAAGGUGGUUUUCAGGGUAGAACAAAUAAGUUGGUGGAUAGUUGCUACUCUUUUUGGCAAGGUGCUAUUUUCCCAAUUGUCGAGGAACUUUUAUGGCUGUCUGGUGACCCUGCACUUAAUGACAUUGAUACGUUGUUUAACCCUUCUGCCUUGCAAGAAUAUAUACUGCUCUGUUGCCAAAAGGUUUCUUACACUCGUCCAGGUCUGAGUGUUCAUGCAGAUGAUUCUUCUGGUGAAAAAUUGUCGUCUUCAAAUAAAAAUUUCGCGUCUGAAUACGAUGUAUCUACUUGUGAUGGUGGAUUAAUUGAUAAACCUGGAAAAAACCCUGAUGCAUAUCACACGUGUUACUCAUUAAGCGGAUUGAGCGUAGCACAACAUUCUCCUCGUUGCCGUGUUGAAUCAUACCAAAAACAUGGUCUUCCUCAUCCAUCACCUGCUGUGGAUGUAUUAGGUGAAGAAUUAGGUAAUGAACUGGUCGACUUAGAUCCUACUCAUAAUAUCGUGCAUGAUGGUUUAGCAUUCACUGUCACGUACUUUUCUGAGCUGGAUAAUGGUCGUUCACCAAAAGAUGCAGAGGAACUAGCGUUGGCGGCAGCGGAAAAGUACUCUGUACCCGCAUUAUCAGUAUUCCAAAAACAGAAAAGUCUUACGGAGAUCCAUACUUAUGAUAUCAGUGAUAAUGAAAUCAAUGUUCCCCAGCAUUCUCAAUCAAUGAACACUUGUACAACGCCGUAAAUAUUUUAUAAGACUGCGUGGAGUGUGUCGGCGAGAAUGAUUGGUUGUUUGCUUAGUGAGACUUGUAGAUACUCUGACAGAUGUUAGAUGAGUUAUAUAUUCUUCUACCUUUAUUAUCAUUUUUAUUAUUCUUAUUAUCGAUUGUCACUGAAUUGUGUCGGUUUUUGGUGUGUAAAUAUAUCUAUGUUCUGGUCAAGC